GGAUUUUUAUUCAUUCGGUUGGAAGAGAGUUCUAUGACCUGCGAAAUCUUCCGCGUCAAAGUGAAGGAUCAGCGUUCUUCGACGAGGCUCACUGCUAUUCGGGUCGCAACGGACACUGAGCAAAUCGGCGAAGAGGUUGGGACGAGUCUCCGCGGCCAACGGGAUCAGCUCAUCAGAACGAGAGAUCGACUACAAGACGCUGACGUCGAGCUAACGAGAGCCGGUCGUUUGAUAAGCGCCAUACGCUACAAUGUGAUCUCAAAUAAGAUGUUUCUCAUCUUCAUCAUUAUCAUUGAAUGCGCAAUUCUGAUAGCGCUGUGCUAUUUAAAAUUCAUCAGAUGA